AGCUCCCUCCUUGGCUCUCAGGCAGCUGCUUGCCUGGAACUCCUACCAGCACCAAUGCCCAUCCUUUGAGAUACCCCUGCCUGCCUCCCUCCCCCGAUGAGCUGGCCAGGGGACUGCUUAGCAUCAUGAACGACCAGUACCACCGAGCAGCCCGAGAUGGCUACCUGGACCUGCUAAAGGAAGCCACCAGGAAGGACCUAAACUCGCCCGACGAGGAUGGCAUGACCCCGACCCUCUGGGCUGCUUAUCACGGCAACUUGGAAGCGCUGAGGCUGAUAGUUAGCAGAGGGGGUGAUCCAGACAAAUGUGACAUCUGGGGGAACACACCUCUUCACCUAGCGGCAGCCAAUGGCCAUCUGAACUGCCUCUCCUUCCUGGUGUCAUUUGGGGCCAACAUCUGGUGCCUGGACAAUGACUACCAUACGCCACUGGACAUGGCUGCCAUGAAGGGACACAUGGAGUGCGUGCGGUACCUAGACUCCAUUGCCGCCAAGCAGAGCAGUCUUAACCCCAAGCUGGUGAGCAAGCUGAAGGACAAGGCUUUCAGAGAUGCAGAGAGGAGGAUCAAGGACUGCGUGAAGAUGCAGAAAAAGCACCACGAGCGGAUGGAGAAGAGGUACAAGAAGGAGAUGUCUGACAACUCCGACACCAUGAGCUUCUCCAGCUACUCCAGCAGCACUCUGAGCAGGAAGUUCCAGCACAUGUCCAUGGUGACGUCCCUGCCAUAUUCCCAAGCCACCCUCCACGGCACAGCCAAGGGCAAGACCAAAAUGCAGAAGAAGCUGGAGAAGAAGAAGCAGGUGGAUGGAACGUUUAAGAUCUACGAGGAUGGGAGGAAAAGUGUGAGGUCCUUGUCGGGCUUGCAGCUGGGGAACGAUGUCAUGUUUGUGAAGCAGGGCACCUAUGCCAGCCCGAAGGAGUGGACCCGGUGCAACAUCAGGGACAUGUUUCUAACGGACGAAGAUACCGUCUCCCGUGCCAUAAGCGACCCAGGUUUGCACAUAGACUCAGCCCACUCGGAGGUCAGCACGGAUUCUGGCCAUGACUCAUUGUUUAACCGGCCUGGGCUCGGCACCAUGGUGUUCCGGAGGAACUACGUCAGCAGCGGGCUCUUUGGGAUCGGCCAGGAGGAUGCCAGCGUGCUGGGCGAGGGCAACCUGGAUGGGGUAGGUGUCAAACUGCGGAGCCGCCUGCAGCGCUCGCCAAGUCUCAACGACAGCAUCGGCAGUGCCAACAGCCUGCAGGAGAGGAACGCAGAGGAGCUGCCCUGGGAGGAGGUGGAGCUGGGCCUGGAUGAUGACGAUGAACCUGAGACCAGUCCCCUGGAGGCCUUCCUGGCUUCCCUGCACAUGUUUGAGUUCAUCUCCAUCCUGAAGAAAGAGAAGAUCGACCUGGAGGCCCUCAUACUGUGUUCAGACAAUGACCUGAAGAGCAUCAACAUCCCACUGGGGCCUAGGAAAAAGAUAUUGGACGCCAUCCAGAGGAGGAAGCAGACCUUGGAGAGGCCUGAUGUUAUUGCAGACACCGAGCUAUAGCAGUUUUUAUGAACAAGAAACAAAACCAAUUCUAAGUUGCCAGAAAACCCAAACCAGUGACUCCUCCACUAGGACAACUGAAAGCCACAGUGUAGUCCAGUCCCUCCUGACUGACGGCCUCCUUCCCCAUUCUGCUUCCAGCCUGGGGGACUCUGCCCAACAGGAACCUGCUGCUGAGAGGAAUCGUUGAGAUAUGACCUGCCUGACAUUCCAUCUUUGCUGAAUGGAGCUCCUUUAGCCUGCUUGCUAGAGGGGUGACAAGAUCGUCCUAUGCUAUGAAGCUGAUAGGUGAAACUCCAUGUGAUCACAGUUUGACAAAGCACAGGAAGCCAUGGACAAAGAGAACCAUGUGAUACCUUGGAAUGGACCAACAAAUAAAUAAUCAGGACCUC